CAGAAUCACUGAAGGAAGAUAAGCGUGGAAGACCAUUCUUCUCAUGGUCAUGCACAAUGUUUUCAGGGAUCUCAUCAAUGGAAGGAAAAGCUCCUAAGGAAGAUUUCCUCAGACUUUUGCCAGCUAUGUGGAUGAAUCAAAUGUUCCUAAAAAUGAGCAAUUGGCACUUUGUUUUAGUCAGUGGACAGAACUGUUUGAACAACCUCAGAUUUCCAGUGCAUUUUUGGAUUUUUGUAACUCCAUGUUUGACAGCCUGCAGAUAGAUGAGGAAAAUAAUCAGGAAUUGUAUAAAAGAUUUUUAUUUCACUACUCUAGAGCUCGAGACCCAACAUAUCCACUUAAAACUGAGUCAUUUCCUCUACAUCCUUUAAUGAACCUUGCUCCAAAGCUGUCGGACAGAAGAAAGAAAAGAUUCCUUAAUCCAGAAUUGCAAAUUGCUGCAGCAGAAUUCAUGAAAAAGGAUGGUUUGGAUGAUUUAGGACGAUCCUUAUUUCUUUUCAGGCCUAGAAAUGGCAGAACUGUUGAUACAGAUGACAAAUAGGCCACUAGAAGAUUUCUACAGAAGAUAUAUCCAUGUUUGCCUGACUUGCUCCGUUACUUUAUACUAUGAAAACAGAUGUAUGUCUAUGAAUAUUAAGGAAAAUUGUUCUGUAUCAUGUGAAGUCACAUACAAUAAAUUUGUUUGAAACAUU